CGAGUCGGAUUUGGCAUCUCGGACAGCGAGCAGCUAGCGCGCGCAUCGUCGUCACAUGCAUGCAUGAUGCCGUAGCAGACUAGCAGCUACUAGCUACGAGCAUCCGUGUCGUCCCCUGCUACUUCCCUUCCCUGCCGCCGUCCAUCGAAAUCGAAACCUGGAUCCGCAGUGGGGUUUUUCUUUUCUGAUCGCAUGCAUACACGCAUGCAUGCAUGCAUGUAUCUGUGCUGCUGGUCGAUGUAACUUUAUAAAGUUUUUAAGCACCUGAUCGACUUUUAUUAGAAGGAAAAAAAGGAGAGGAAAAGCGUGAUGAUGAUGUACUAGCAUGCAGUGCAGUGAUAGUAAUGAAACCACCGCAUGAACGUGUGGCCAAGCUGGUCCAGGCGUUCAGCCCUCCGUUUAUAGAUAGCCAGCGAGCGAGCGGAGCUGAGCUGAGCUCUAGUGAUAGACUGGUAGGUCCUAGCUGCGCGCACGUGCACUAGCUAGGACGAGCCAUACUGCGCGCGCGGCAUUCCGUCCAUCGGUCGAUUGGUAUGGCGGGUCGUCGGGGCGACUCGGCUGCGGCGCCGUUGCUGGAGAACAAGGCGGCGCCGGCGUCGGCGUCGGAGGCGGAGGCGGGCGGCGGGUACCAUCACCACAACAACAACUACUACUACUACGUGGACGGGUGCCCCGGGUGCGCCGUGGACCGGCGCAAGGCGGCGAGCCCGGGCAUCCCCUACGCCAACUUCAUCUACGUCUGGAUCGUCACCCUCUGCACUGCCCUACCCAUCUCAUCGCUGUUCCCCUUCUUGUAUUUCAUGAUAAGGGACCUGAACGUCGCUGAAAGAACCGAAGACAUCGGCUUCUACGCCGGCUUCGUAGGUGCCUCGUUCAUGUUUGGUAGAUGCUUGACUUCAACCGCCUGGGGAAUAGCGGCGGACCGUAUCGGGAGGAAACCUGUCGUCGUGUUCGGCAUCUCCUCUGUGGUCGUGUUCAACACGCUGUUUGGCCUGAGCGUCAACUACUGGAUGGCAAUCGCCACACGGUUCCUGCUUGGUGCUUUGAACGGCUUGCUUGGACCAAUAAAGGUGCAUAAUUUCUCUGAGCUCUUGUAUGGUAGACAGAGUAAUUUGAUGCUCCAUCGGUUUUCUAUCUACGUACAGGCUUAUGCCAUCGAAGUCUGCCGGCCUGAACAUGAAGCUCUAGCGCUAUCACUUGUCAGCACGGCAUGGGGGAUAGGCCUCAUCAUCGGCCCAGCUCUUGGAGGCUACCUUGCACUGCCUGCAGAGAACUUCCCGGCUAUCUUUUCACCUGACUCGGUAUUUGGAAGGUUCCCGUAUUUCCUACCAUGCCUUUGCACGUCGGUCUUCGCUGCUGCUGUUCUAGUGAGCUGCAUAUGGAUGCCGGAGACUCUGCACAGGCACAAAGUUCACGAGAGUACGAGCCAGGACGUUGAAAAGGUUCAAGAAAGCGGCAUUAGGAAGAAGAAGAGCUUAUUCAGGAACUGGCCGUUGAUGUCGUCGAUAAUUGUCUACUGCAUCUUCUCGUUCCAUGACAUGGCUUACACAGAGGUGUUCUCUCUAUGGGCUGAAAGUGACAAGAAGUAUGGUGGACUGAGCUUAUCAUCUGAGGACGUUGGUCAAGUUCUUGCAGUCACUGGUGCCAGUCUUCUUGUUUAUCAACUCUUUCUAUACCCUAGAAUCAAUAAGGUUCUCGGGCCGAUCAAAUCUUCUCGAAUUGCAGCUAUCCUGUGCAUACCUAUCCUCUUUGCCUACCCCUACAUGACAUACAUCUCAGAACCAGGACUGUCAAUCAUUUUGAACAUUGCGUCAGCGAUAAAGAAUAAUCUUGCUGUUACGAUCAUUACAGGCACUUUCAUCCUUCAAAACAAUGCAGUGCCUCAGGAUCAACGAGGAGCUGCGAACGGACUGUCCAUGACAGGGAUGUCCUUCUUCAAGGCACUUGCUCCGGCAGGAGCGGGCAUUGUGUUCUCGUGGGCGCAGAAACGCCAGCAUGCCUUUUUCUUCCCAGGUGAUCAGAUGGUGUUCUUCCUGCUGAACGUCGUUGAGCUGGUCGGGCUCAUCCUCACAUUCAAACCCUUUCUGGCAGUGCCAGAGCGAUGCGAUAGUAGAUAGCUGUUCUUUGGAGGAUGAACUAUAGAAGUUUUGGAAUGAUUCAAAAUUUCAUCGUGUAUGGCAGCAAUACCAGUGAGACCCAGGAAGAAGCAAGAGCUGUGUACUGGUAACCGUAAGCGGUGUAUGCAGUAUCGCUGCAUUAGCAUUUGUGCUUACGAAAUGCACAUGUAUGUAGGUGAUAAAUGACUAAAUGUGGCCAGUGGAUCGAGUUGUUGCUGCACUGUGAGUAGUGGUAGUGUAAGAUUCAGCGACUCGAAAUUGUGUGUUGGAAAUAAAAUUGGUAGGUGUUAGACGCGCGGUAUGAGCGCCAAUCA